AUGUCGCUCCCUGCGGAGAUAUGGACCGAGAUCUUCAAACACCUCCGCCGGCCGUCCCCUCUCCCACAUACCACACGGCCAGAGCGAUCAUCGAUACGCCAGACCGACUUGUGCUCAUGUCUGACCGUCAACAAGCAAUUCUACAACAACGCAGCCCCCCUCCUCUAUCGCGGCCACGUCAUCUCGGAUGCCCCAUCUCUGUUGCUCAUGGGGGUAUUUGACGCCCCUGUGCCCGGUACCACGCCAAAGGUCGCAUUGCUUUGUCUCGUCGAGAGGCUAUUCCUCGAGUACCAUGAUCCAAACGGGGAGAAGCCCCCUCGCCGGGACGAGUACACACAGAGAAUUGAGUGGAUGGUGAUACUUGGGCGGAUGACGUUGAAGGAGAUAGCGGCUCUAGCGAAGCAGCGAAGACUAGGGGAUCUCAGCGAGCGAACUGAGGGAUGGACCCAGAGGAUGGAGGAGUAUGGGCAGGCGGAACGGAUCUUCACGAAUCUCCGGACCCUCUCCGUUGGGGCUAUCCUGCCACUCGAGAAGGAAAAGCGGCCUGGAAACCGGUACCUCGACAAGUGGAAGGAUCCCCUCUUCACCGUCGAGGACGGUCUCACGUCCCUGGUCUCGCGCGUCAACUCGAUCGUUCACUACUGCGAGCUCAGCUGCGGUCCACUCGCCCUCGCCGGGAGGAAUCCAUCGGCCGGUACGAAUCGACCGACCCGUAACAUCCACACCCACAGCCCCUAUCCUAUAUCUGUUCUUCCGGCCCCGGGCGGCGGUCCGCGCUACUAUAUGCACUUCCGAGUGGAGGAGCCGGACGGUGAUCGUCAGGAGCGAAUAAUGGGCGGGGUCUCACACGGGGUCUAUCGUGCUAUGCAGCAUCGCGCAAGAGUGGGCGAUGGCAACGUUGGGAGAGUUCGGGAUCUCGGAUGGAGCCUGUACGCCAAUAUGGCGCCGGACGAUCAGCUAGAGCCUCCGGUAUCGGACGAGGAGAAGGAGAAGUGGCGGGCUACGGCGAGAUAUGUGGUUGGCCGAUUGGCGAAUGAGCUGGGAGAUUCACCCGUCAGAAAGGUGUUUCCGGGUGGGCAGGAGGCGUUUCAUCGAUGGGAAAUCAAUCAGAUAUUCGACGCACCCCCUUGCGAAGUUUGUGGAUGGUCAGCAAGUUAA